AUGAUCGCUGCCGACACGUCUAAACUUAUCUUUCAGCCCAUGAAAUAUGGCGGCUCCCUUGACCACCUCGAAUUUGUAGAAGUUACUCCCAUCAUCGGACGCGAAUACACCAAAGCAAGAAUAAAGGAUAUCCUAACAGCCGACAACUCAGAAGAGCAAAUCCGUGACCUGGCAGUCGUCAUCAGCGAAAGGGGUGUUGUCUUCUUCAGACAGAAUCAGGAUGAUUUAUCGGUUGAGGAUCUCAAAAACUUUACUGAUAAGGUGGGCGAAUUGAGUGGGAGACCGAAGGAAAAUGGACUUCAUGUGCAUCCACUGUAUCGAGACCCUGGUAAUAUUCCUAUGGGAAAUGGAGAAACAGAUGAGAAUAUAUACGUGAUUAAUUCCGAAGCAGCGAAGAAACUGUACAAGACGAUGGCAGGUAAAGAUUCGCAGCAACCGAAAGAUCUUGGAAGAGAAUGGCACAGUGAUGCAACAUUUGAAGUUUGCCCGUCAGACUUCAGUUGUCUUCUCAUGGAAGAGACACCAGCACAUGGUGGAGAUACUCUUUGGUGCUCAGGUUACGAGAUGUAUGAUCUUCUUGACUCAACUCGCAGUAACGUAAACUAA